CUAAAAGAGACUUAUCACUGUGUCAAUCAUGAGAUUCAACGUUACACUUCGUCUAUGGACUUUCGCUCUUUUAUAUGCGAGAAUUGCUUAUUUACAAUCAUGCAAGCCUUUCCAGGUAAAGCCCGAACAUCUAAACAAGCAAUUACUUGGUUAUAAGCUGUUUGACAUGAAUGUCAUGUCACAUCACGAAUGUGCUAAAGAAUGCAUGUUACUGGGAGCUUGUGUGUCUAUCAAUUUCAUAACAAGUUCCAAAACUUGUGAAUUCAACUCAGCAGGGAGUGAGACAGGUCGUUCAUCAGACUUCAAAAAAACAAAAGGAAUAAUUUUCUCUGAUAUUUCCGAAUGGCCAAAGGCCAUGGUUAGAGGGUGUGCCAACCAUCAAUGCGACAAAACUCAGCGUUGUUUUCCUCUCGACUCUGACUCGUAUAAAUGCGAAAAUAUCACGUGCAAGAUUCCACAGCAUUCAGAUCAAAGGGUUGAGGAACAUGCCUCGGUCAUUGCUGGCACUGUCCGUUCUUACGUGUUCGCUUGUCCAGAUAAUAUGUUCCUAAGUGGUGACAAGAACAUAACGUGCAAACUGAAUGGUGAUUGGACAGAAUCUGAGGCUACCUGCCAAGAACAAACAAUUGGAAAGGCGUGUUUAGUUAACUCAGAUUGUAAAGAGACCGGUGCAGUGUGCAAAAAAGAACGAUGUUACUGUAGCCGUUUCUAUAGAUACGACGCAGAUGCCAAGAAUUGUAUCAAAGGUAUUGCAUCAUACAUUUUUUAUUUGAUGCAUUCAAUGGAAAACUCAACUCUCAUGUUAAUUUUUGUUGCUUAAGUCUUAGUCAAGUAUGCUGGCAUUCAUAAACGGACACCCAUGGUUGAUUAAACAUGAUAUAAAUCAAUGUUGAUAGUUCGGCCUUGAGUAUCCGAUGAUGGUUGGUAUUGCGUUCGUUUUGUUGUUCUAAGUUAAGUGUAUAGUUAGUUGUUUAUACGCCCGAUAGAAUUUCGGCUUAUGUUGUUAAGCAUCUGGUUGUUUGUCUGUCCGUCCGUCUGUUGUCGGAUUUCUUGUCCGGUCUGUAUUUUUGAGCCGGUGGAAGGAAAUUGAAACUACUUAGCAGAAAUUUUAACCAUAAUGAGCGCAGGUUUGACCUUUCUGAGGUCAAGGUCAAGGUCACACAUACUCAUUUUGUAUCCAUUGCAAAAUUUUGUGUCCGCUCUGUUUCUUUUAAACCAAUAGUAUCAAUAGUAUGAAAUAAUUAAAUCUAUUUGGACGAAAUAAUUAUAUAACUGAGAUGA